AUCGACACUGGCAACCCCCCCGUCGACGUUGUCUUUGUGGUCAGGGCGGGACCCUGAUCAAUCAAUGAGAUCGACACUGCAGUCAUGUCUCGAGCGUCUUGAUCGACACAACGACAAGAUAAUAGAGAUUUACAGGGACACACUGGAGAUACGUGCCUUUAUUGCAGAGCUUCUGAUGAACUGCGAACCAGAAGUCGCCAAGGGUGAUGAGGGUACAUGGGAAUCCUGGGAUAGCAGUGUUGACCUCCAGGCAGCCGUCUAUGACAACCCUCCGACCAUCGUACAAGGUAAGCUCGAUGGGCCUAAUUGUCGACUCCGCUUGACCUCUCCCUCUUGCCAGAGCCACUGCCAUUCUAUGGUCAACUUUCAGACCUGGAGUUUGGUUCCCUAGAGUCCGUCGGGGUCGCUGGUACCCUGCAAGAGAGUGUAGAUCUCGUUGCUCAGCUUCCCCAAGGUCAGUCUAAAGCAUGACCAUUUUAGUCAACACUUACCAUGUGCGAUUAGACCUAUUGCCCUGCGGCACCUCGAGCUAUGAGCUUGCUGCAGGAAACUUUCUACCUCAGAAUGGUACACGUCCUGACGGGCAGAUCUCGUCGGGCUCAUCUACCAGGCUCGAUGAACAACAGCCUCUCACCAUCGUUCAAGGUGUCCAAGAGAAAGUGAAGUGCACCUGGUCCGGGUGCUCGAGAGUCGUUAAAAAGGACAACCUCACUCGCCAUGUCAAUGAGAUGCAUCGGCGGAAGAUUAAGGCCAUCUGCAAUGGGUGUGGAAACGGUUUCACGCGGCCGUAUAUGAUGAAGGGCCACAGCUGUCGGAUGAAACGUAGGGAUUCCUAGUUUUGUUUUCACUAUUCGUACUCCAAUUUCUUGCUAAAUUGAUAAAGGGCCUCAUCCGUCGUGUUAAACGUAGUAAAAUGUCCUAUUUAUUUUCUCGGAACGCACCUGCUAGCAUUUUCGACUGACUAUCUCGAUGUCUUGCAGGCAUGAGUCAUCAUCGAGUUACGAGUAAAUGAGUGUAUAGGACCAAUCCGUGGCUAUCGAAUCGGUCCAGCCUCAGG